GUGGCCCUCAACUCUGCAAGGAGGGCAAUGGCAGCACUCCUUUAAAGGGCCCUUAUCUCCCGUUUCAGCCGUGCCGCAAUACACUCCUUGUGGCCCUUCAAAUGUUUCUCCAGGUUGAGAAGGUCAUCAUAAGCAGCAGCAGCGGCAGCGACACCAGCGGUGGUGCUGAUGCUGAGGAGGAGGAGGCUGCAGCUCCUUUGGUUAGCAGCAAUGCUGCGGAGGAGGAGAGUGAGCAGGAGAAGGAGGAGGAGAAGGAGGAGGAGCAGAGGAUGGAGGAGAGCGAGGAGGAGAAGGAGGAGGAACAGAGGGAGAUGGAAGAGAAGAAGAAGAGCACAUCUGGUCCUUCAGCACCCACCAAGAAGGCCAAAAAGAGCAAGAGCUUGCCGGCUCCUUCAGCUCCUUCGUCGAGCAAGAAGCCCAAAAAGAGCUUGUCUGCAGCCUCGGGAGAGGAGGAGGAAGAGUCCGAUGAAGACAAGGAGGCGAUGAAGAAGGGUCUUUCAGCCAUUGUCGCUGAAAUACUGGAGGGGAAAGAGGACGACUGCGAGGAAGCCAUCAGUGAAGAUGAGGAUGCACCCACCAUUAUCCAAGAGACGUCGAGCCUGUAUAAGGUGUUAGCUCCAAUCUUUGGAGGCUGCUCAAAGGCCUCCAAGAUGAGAAAGCUCUCCUUCCCUCCCUCCAUCGAAACGUACAUGGACGAAUACAGAUUUGUCCUGGUGCCUGAGGGAACAUCAAAAAUCCGUCAGAACGCCAUAUCAAAGGCAUCCAGGGCAAAGGCAUUCGUCAAGUACAUGAUGAUUGGAUGGAAAGACAUCACCUGCUGGACGUGGGAGUUUAUCGCCAACGUACAGCUGAUAAAAGUAUACCCUUCCUUUUUGAGGAAAUUUGGUCUGGCGCCCUCCACUUUACAUCGGCCAUGCACUGGGCUUCAUCGAAUAUAUGACAGACACUCCCCCCCACCACUGCCGGGUCCACAAAGGGAAGCUGCGGCAAAUACACAGGGAGCUGAAGAAGGUGUUGAGGCUGGUGGGGCGGACGGAAACUGAGUCACCAGUCCGCUGUCAAGCAGGCAAAGCAGUUGCGGCUGGUGACCCGGAACUUGCUCACGACCUGCCAGUCCCUCCCUAGAGCUAAGACGCCCAGCUCCUGGACGACAUUGAGAGAAGACGACAGUGGCAACAAACAGUUAUUUCUUCAGCUCAUUUGGAUGUGGACAAGCAAAAGACAUGGUCCGAUAUGUCCGAAGGGCGUGGGUGGAGAUGGGUCUUCCGGGCAGUCCAUCCCUCCUGGACAUAAGAAGUGCUGUAGCCACAUAUGUGGGUAUUGGCCGCAUAUAACUUUGAGCAGAACACCGCUGAGGCCAGGGCAGAAGUGGCCAAGUUUAUGUGUCACUCAGUGGCGACCCAGGAAAGGUUCUACGCCCUUCACAAUACUGUGGCCCUGGCAAGCAGAAUGAGGCAACUUUUUGUGUGGACAGCCCUGGAUGACCAGAAGCCAGUGGCAGAUCCCCCCCCACAUCCUCAGCUCCAUGCACGUCCUCAGCUCCCGCCACGUUGCCAUCUCCCAAGAAGAGUCUGACUGUAGUGAUGGCGGACAGAAUUAAAAAGAGGAUGCUGAACCCGGCCAAGGGCUCGCCUGCCAAGCCGAGGACCUCGUUCGGCAAAAAAAUAAUGGCGCAGGUCGUGUUGAAAGACCUCUUCAAGGAAUAGUGGGCCAUCAGCACGGAAUAGUUGUAGUUUAGUUUAGUAAUUUAGUUUAGUAGUUUCAGUUAGUUUAGUUAGUUUUAAGUAGUAGUAUUUGUGUUUGUAGGAAAUAGUUGUUAGUAGUUAGAGUUCUGUAAAUUUUGUAAAUUGUGUGAUGUUUGUAAAUAUGUUUAAUCAGAGUAGUUCUGUAAAUAGUUCUGUAAAUUUUGUAAAUUGUGUGAUGUUUGUUGUUGUUUGUUGAUGUUAAUAAAUUUGUUGUUAAUUAAACAUUUGAACCUCCACAUGGGCACUGCCUUGAUGUGGCGUGGGGGCUUACAGCCCCAGCGAUCUCUUUGCGUCUGGGCAUAUUCAGAAGCAAAAAGAUCACACAGACUAACCAAAGUGCCCCCAAAACAUAUCUUCUUUACAGGUUACCAGAGGACCGCACCUGACGUGGUUACCAGAGGCGGUGGAUCAGCGCUCGAUAUGGUAGAUGAGGAUGGAGACCUGGUGGCAUUUUCCUCUGAUGAUGAACUGAUGAUGGGUCUGGCCUGUAUGAAGAACGACACCUUCCGCCUCUUCAUCAAAGAUGCAGCAGCCAAACAGGCAGCCGUUUCCUCAUCCUCUGUGGUACAUCAAUGCAUUUAGGGAAUAGCAAGCCCUUGGCCAGGACCACUGCUGGCCUUCUGGCCAGGAGAAGACCAAUGUAGGGGGUCCGGGCCCCAGCAUGGAGGUCUUCAGACUCCCUGUGAAGGAGAGGUGGAGGUUGGAGCUGCAGAAGGGAGUGCUUGAUGCUAUGGAUUAGGGUGCUGAAGCCAAACAGGACAUUGUUGUCAGCUCACAUGGUCACACAAUUAUUAUCUUUGUCUUUAAAACUAAUGGAUGCUGAUGGCAUGGAUAAGGGGGAAAAGGAGGGGCGGGAAUGAGGACAAUGGAAAGAGAAUUUAAAAAAUAAAA